AUGUCCAAACUUGGAGGUUUGUUAUUGGUCUGGGCUAUAUGUGAAGGAGUGGUGUCACUUGAAGAGCAAAAUGAUUUUGUCCAGCCGUUGGAUUUUGAACCUAUAUUCGCAUCAGGCGCUUCGCUGGCUGCUAAUCCUUUAGCGGCAGCCGUUCUCAAAGUAGAUAAAAACCAGUAUCCUCAAUUAUUUGAUACUAUUGUCAGUAGUUCCAUCGAUUCCUUGCAAACAAGAUUAGCACCCAGAGAACUCGCAUUUUCAGCCGAAUCUUUUGGCUUUAAUCCUAUUGCCAGCCAAAGCUUUUUGCCGCCGGGAAGUUCUGCCAAGCUAGUAGCGCGACCUAAGCAGCAACACGUUCAACAUCAGGCGAUACCGGUUGGUCAACAACUCGGCCCAUUACGAUAUGAUAUUCGCACUGUACAUGACGCUAAUUAUAAAGUAUACAAACCGGAAGAGGAACAACAAGAGGAGGAUAUUUUAGCUGCUUUGAAAAAAAAUCCUGCCGUUUCUGCUUAUUUUAAACCUACUGAAACUAAUGUCGAAGUAGCUCAUCCACUAAAAUAUAGAACGGAAGAAUUUAUUGAAAACGCAGACGUUGAACAACAAAACUACAAGCCAAAUGCUUAUCUUACAGGACAUCCCCGUGUUCGACGGUAUACUAGCGGGAGACAAAGAGCCAAUCUGAAAAAAAGCCACGAAGAAGAUGACGAUCCUUAUAACUACAAAGUUGACUAUAUUUACAAACCUAAGGCCUUCGAUGGCGAAUCAUACAGCGCCUAUAAAGAAGCGAAAGAUCCUAACAAAAAUUAUGAAUAUCCUUAUGGAGGAUAUGAUUCAGGAUACGAUCAUAAAGAAUACGACAGAAUCAAGGAGCUAUCAGAAAAACAAGCAGCAGAUAUAAAACAAAAUCCGGGUAAUUGCAAAGAAGUAAAAAAAGAUGGAAUGACUUGCACAACCUGUAAAGAUCCCAAAACAGGUGGAAAUUUUGAAUCCUGUUCCUAUGUUGCGGAGCCUAAAAAUAACAAAUAUGCUUAUUCAAAAGAAAGAAAGUUUGACAGCAAUGACGAACCCGAAGAAAGUGAAGCACCACAAGAAGCUGAUGCACCAAACAAAUCUGAAAAAUAUGAACAGGUAAAAGAUGAUAGUAGCGAACAAAAGUACUCCAAGCUAUCUGCUGCCGAGCCGCUGAAAGACGACGAAUCUAGUGAAAAAUAUAAAGGUUACUAUAGACAUUCUACAAAACCAAAAACCAGUGAAGCUCUUCAAGAUGCAGACGAGAAACAAAGUUCAGAAGAAGAUAGAGAUGGAUCGGGUGGCAAAGCUUACGACUACAAAAAAGCUAUACCCGGAUUUUAUACCGAUAAUGAGCCAAAGAAAGAUGUAGAGCAUGUAUUAGCAGAGUUUAAGAAAAAGGACAGAUCUUCAUGUAAAAAAGUUCAGAAAAAUGGAAUGACUUGCUACCAAUGUAUAGACAAAAAUGGUUUGAAAAAUGAAGAAUGCAUGUUUGUGUCAGAAUCUGCUCCAAAGCGAAGCCAUUUAGCCUAUCAAGAACUGAAAGAAUUCACGUCUAAACCAACUGCCCUUGAAAAUAACAAUAAGGGCGCUGAGAGUAAAAUAGUCACCACAAGUGCUCCUCCAGCAAAAAAAUCAGCCUCAUAUGUAGUUGAUACUAACACAUAUGGCAAAAAAUUAAAGCGUAAAAAAGCAACGCAAACUAUAGUCGCGGCUGCCGCUGCUACACCUGCCGUAAAUGUUGUAAAACCCGUUUCUUCGGCCACUAUUGUACAAAAAACAAAGAGAAGUGUGGAAUCAAAGGCUGAAGAAAACUCAAAGAUUAUAGACGAAACAAAUCUAGCACCACCUGAAGAAUUUGCUGGCAGUGAUUCUAAAGGGGCUUUUUGGGCAGAAACGAUUCCUCGGUAUAGUCCAACUUUAGGUGUUACCUUGCCUCAAUAUAUGCUGUCAAGGUCGGAUCAUGAAGUUUCGUUUGAUGAAACUGUUGCAAAUGCAUAA